AUGGUUUUCUUCGAGGCAUUGAGUGCCCUAGCAAGCGCCACCGUUAAUACGAUAAACUACGUCGGCACUGCAAAAGCCGCCGUGAAUGUCGCAAUGGAUGUCUUCAACGUUGCUAAAACCGUCGCCGGAGCUAUCUCUGAUGCCAAAUCUUCCCGGGGGAGGAAAGACGAUGUAAUAUCCAAAGAUGUCACACAAAUGACUCAAGCUGAUGACUUCUCACUCACUCAAGCGGAGAAGAAAGACAUUUUGUUUUGCUUGCUAGCAGCGAAUAGGAUGAAACAAGAAAGUUCAUCAUUUUCCCAAUCAUACGAAGAAAAGUAUAUGCAAACGCAACGAGAGCUUAGUGAAGCUAAACUAAAGAUUCAAGAAUUGGACAAGAAAUACGAAGAUAUUGCAUAUUGGAGUCUAGUAAUGACUCAACUUCACCCUUAUUUGAUCCCACCAUCUCGACGCAACCAAACUUAUAGAACUGAAUAAUGUUAAACAUUGAAACC